UGUCGUGAAAUCGUGCUUAAGUUGCUUAAGGAUACGGAGUACUAAGGUAGACCUUCAUAUUCUGUUCCACCAGUUUAAUCUCUGCUUCAUGCACUGCUACCCUCCGAAAAAAAAGUUACUGAAAAAAACGGAUGGCAAAAGUUGACCAUUUCCGUUAGCAAACCCUUUCAAAUUUCCACUGAUCUAGCAUCCGUUUUAGGAAUAUGUUCAUUCUGUAAGUUGCAUUCCAAUUUGUUUUUGAGUUUAGUGAUGGCUUGAUUAUACUAUUAAAUACAGUGAUGGAUUAAAUCCGUCUCCUAUGAUGUUAGUUUCGUAAUGCAUGACAAAAUUACGCGUGAUUGUAUUAUUAAUGGUUGAUUAAUAUUAUGCUUAUGUCCGUAUAUAUCAUUGUCGUGAAUAUUUUAAUGGAUUAAGAGAGUCAACCAUAGGUUUUUGUGACCUUUCUAAUAUACCAAAACCUCAUUUACCUCUGUCAUCAAGAAAUAUUACUAGAUAAUUUAUUUACAUGCUACUUUGAAAUGAUUAUUAUAUCCCAAGUUUUCAGUAGAUAUUUGUUUAGUUUUUUCAUUGAUGACUGUGCUUUAGCCUUAUAAUACUGAGAGUUGUUGGGAUCUCUGACUAAUUAAAAACAGGAGAUAAGAAUUCUAGCUUAUGAAUAACAAUCAUGGAUUAAUUGAUCUUGAUAAAAGAAUAUGGAUGUGUUUUCAGCCAUUUUCGCCUUCAUAGCAUCAGCACUUUUGCUGUUAUUUGUAUUUGUUCUUGCUGUAUUCAUCAAAAUAUUCUCCGGUAAGUCGAUUCGCAGUCCGAACUAUCCCCCAGUAAAAGGAACAGUCUUUCACCAACUGUUCUAUUUCAAUAAACUGUAUGAUCAACAAACUGAGACUGCUAGAAAACAUCCCACCUUUCGUCUGUUAGCGCCUGACCAGAGUGAAUUUUACACUACCGAUGUCAGAAACAUAGAACACAUUCUGAAAACAAGUUUUGACAAGUAUGCAAAAGGCAAGUAUAAUAGAGAUAUACUUAUUGAUCUGUUUGGGGAAGGAAUCUUUGCUGUUGAUGGAGAUAAGUGGAGGCAGCAGAGGAAGCUUUCGAGCUUUGAAUUCUCAGCCCGGGUAUUGAGAGAUUUCAGCUGUGCUGUUUUCAGAAGAAAUGCUGCAAAAUUUGUCAGGAUUAUUUCGCAGAUUUCUAAGGCAAAUGACAUCUUAGACAUCCAUGACAUGCUAAUGAGAUGUACAUUGGAUUCCAUUUUCAAAGUUGGUUUUGGGGUUGAUUUGAACUGCCUUGAGGGAACAAGCAAAAAAGGGGUUGAAUUUAUGAAGGCCUUUGAUGAUGCUAAUGCAUUAGUUUAUUGGCGAUUUGUUGAUCCGUCAUGGAAGCUUAAAAGAGCCCUUAAUAUUGGCUCUGAGGCUGCACUAAAAAAGAACAUCAAAGUCAUCGAUUCAUUUGUUAAUGGAGUAAUCACCACAAAAAGGAAACAACUGGUUGAGCAACAGGAUUCUAUUGUGAAGGAAGAUAUACUAUCCAGAUUCAUAGAGGCAAGCAAGACAGAACCAGAUCAAAUGACUGAUCAGUACUUGAGGGAUAUCAUUCUGAACUUUAUGAUUGCUGGAAAAGAUAGUACAGCGAAUACAGUCUCGUGGUUUAUCUACAUGUUGUGCAAGAAUCCAUUAGUACAGGAAAAGGUUUUCCAAGAAGUGAAAGAAUACAUUGCAGAAACUGAGAAUGAAAUCAAAGUCGAUGAUUUUGUUGAGCGAAUUAAUGAGGAAACGCUGGAAAAGAUGCAUUACCUUCAUGCUGCUCUUACAGAGACCCUGAGGCUGUAUCCUGGUGUUCCAGUGGAUGGAAGGGCAGCACUAGAAGAUGAUGUGCUUCCAGAUGGUAACAAGGUCAAGAAGGGAGAUGACAUUUACUAUAUAGGCUAUGCAAUGGGUAGGAUGCCUUACAUUUGGGGAGAUGAUGCAGAGGAGUUUCGGCCUGAAAGAUGGCUCGAUCAAAAUGGUGUUUUCCAACAAGAAUCACCCUUCAAAUUCGUGGCGUUUCAUGCGGGUCCUCGGAUUUGCCUAGGAAAAGACUUCGCUUACAGGCAAAUGAAGAUAGUUUCAAUGACACUUGUUCGAUAUUUCAGGUUUAAGUUGGGGGAUGAGACUAAAAAGGUUACUUAUAGAACCAUGCUUACACUACACAUUGAUGGGGGGCUUCAUGUUCGGGCAUUGCCUAGAAUAGCAAUGUGCGGCUAAUGCAGCUACUCUUUGCUUGUACUCGAUUGAUUCAUACUUCUCACUGUAUUAUUGAUCGCCAAACUCAGUGAACAUUGCGCAGAAGUUGUAAUGGAUACCCAAGACUCUUUUUAACAAUUAAAAAAAAAAAAAAAAAACACUUAUUGGCUUGGUAUUUUA